CGUCCCAGUUGUACAGCUCUGCGAUCCACGAGGCGAGUGUCUCGAGCUUUUUCCCUGCGACCGAGUCAGGCUCCCCAGAGGAUAUACCGCACACUCACUCACUCGCACACAUGCACACUCAUCAUGUAAGUGGAACUUGUCAACCGACGAUUCUUCGUUCAAUUUCCCCACCUUUUGAAUCGGACUUGUGCCCGGGCUCCCCAAAGCAACUUCCAUCCAAUCUGCCACACAUUGCACUCGAUCCUUCAGACUUGGUUUGUGAAUGAACCAUAUCCGUUGUGGGCGAACCCCACGGGUGCCCCAAUCCAUUUGACGACCAGGUAAAGUGAACGGACGAGCGAACGGACGAGCGAACGGACUGAGGGAUAGCAAUACCAAUUCGAAACUGCAACAGAUUGGGGUGCCAUCUAGAUCGGUUAGCGAUUGUUUUCAUCCACCAGAAGCCCCAGAAAGUGUGAUCACUGAUCUUCAUCGUCAUCAUCAUCACCAUUGAAAAGAAAUCAAUUCGUGCGUCUUUUGUGCGGCGCCGAGUGGAGUGCGGAUAUCAAUGUGAUUUGACAACAUAUCGUCUUUUGUUCUGGACAAAAAAGAACCAUCAAUUCUUUGGUAGUGCUCGGAAUCCAUUCAAUUGCUCAUUCAGUGGUCAUUGGCUCAAGUGUGGUGGGGGUGACAAAAUGGAUCUGAGCAAUUGCAAUGGUGCCAGUCUCUCCAAACUGGCCUCAAUGGAUCCGCACGUGUUUCUGGCCUCAAACCUCAAGUAUUCCGGGAUACCUUUGCCUAAGAUCCCGGCCUCAAUACAAGAGGGCAUCAAGAACAAGACUUCCCCCUCCAAAUCGAUAUCAAGUCCUGGCCCCGGAAACUCCAGGACCACCACGGCCAAUAGUAUCUUCUCCAUAAGUAGCUUAGUCAAUGGAAUGGGACCCCAGAGUGGUCCGAGAUCCAGUUUAGAAGCCACUGAGGAGAGUUCGCCUUUGAAUUCAUCCAAGUCGGUCCAAGCAGGCAAGACCAACGACACAAUGGUGACGAUGGGUUCCGAUUUCAACCCGGCUAGGAGUGGGAUCCCCGGGUUGCUGCUUCACUCUCGUGGCCCCCCUGAGGACUCCGGCGAAGACGGAGACGUCCACGAAGAAGAUGAGGACGACGACGUGGACGAGGAGAUCAAUGUGGAUCAACUCGAAGAGGAAUCCCGGAGGAGCACCUCGCGAAUGAAUCCGGGAUCGCCGCAAGAGAUGGGCGAUUUCCCUUCGCAAAGACGCAAACAAAGACGCUAUCGGACCACAUUCACCUCGUUUCAAUUGGAGGAAUUAGAAAAGGCUUUCUCCAGGACUCAUUAUCCAGAUGUGUUCACUCGGGAGGAACUCGCCAUGAAAAUUGGUUUAACCGAGGCCCGAAUUCAGGUAUGGUUCCAAAAUCGUAGGGCCAAGUGGCGCAAGCAAGAAAAAGUUGGACCCAAUGGGCAUCCUUACCCGCCCUAUGGGCCUCCGGGGAUACCCCUGGGAAUGCAGGGGGGACCCUCACCCAUGCCGUCGUCAUUUGGUGGGGGUUCCUUUGGCCCUUUGAACUAUAUGGCAGCAGCCGCUGCCCGCAAGCCCUUUGAACUCCCGGGACCUUCGUUUCUGUCUCACUCGCCUGCCAAUAUGGCUGCCAUGGCCGCCGCAGCCGCAGCAGGCAGGUUACCGCAUCCUUACCUCGCUCAUAGCUCUUACCUUUCGACGUUACGUGAUGUAGCCAGCUAUCGGUCUCCAUUCAUGUCCAUUCCAGGGUUGGGCAACUACAACCCAGCCUCGUUCCACUCUUUGUUGGCUGGUUUAUCCGGACACAGACCCAAAUUGGACACGGACUUCCAUCCAUUCUUGACCGGUCUGCCCAAGCCGUGCGACUCCUCACCCAGUAGCUUAUCCCCGCCCAACAGCUCGCCAGGGCCUUUGUCAGUGUCACCACAGAACAAUUUGAAAAAGGAGCAAGAAGACGAGAUUAACCCUUCGAAGUGAUUGUCAACCAUAGCCGUUUUUGUUGUUCAUGUCAUGUGCUAGUAUUAGUUGAAUUUUUGACUGCAGCAUGGGUCUACUCUGAAUGUAAGAUUCAUUGAGUUCUCGAAUAAAUAUUCCUCAAUGGAUGACGACCGUU